UUGACUGCACGCUCACUUGCAAAAUAAUUUUAUUUUAACCAACGUUUCGGCAAAUAGCCUUCGUCAAGGUAUGUGAUGGCGUAUGCAGCCUGCAUAUGCGAUAUCCGGAGGAUGCAGCCUUCGAAGUGAGAAACGUUUCACUUUGGCAUCAAAAUAGUGUGACACUGGAAUUUAUUAUUAAAAAUCUCAUUUAUUAAAGCCAUAUUAUUAGGAGAGACCGUAAAUACGUUGUUUGAAGCAGGCGCCUCGAAAGACGCCUCGAAAGAAAGUUUGAGGCUACACACGCUUAGACCAGCGUGGCGCGAGGCUCCGUGUGCAGACUGAAAAGACGCUGAGAAAAGAAAAGCAUCUCGACUCGGACAAGAAGACCAGACAAAGGGUGAUGAUCCAAAUCUGUGUGGACCAGAGCGCACCAUUGAGAAGUACGAUUCUGCCAUUGAGCGCCUCCAGACUGAAGAUACAUCAGAAGGAGUGAAGUUCAGAAAUGGAUAUUUCAGAGCAAAACAACAUCAGAAGUUCCAUUACUAAGGUGUUGCCAGACCUCCCAGACCCAAUUCUAAACCUUGUGGAGGAGACACUACAAUCAUUGGGGGUUGAGACCACUGAGGAUUUUCACUUUUUACAGGAGGCUGAUCUUGCAUCAGUUUUACGACCAAUACAAGCGAGAAGAUUGGUUGCUGCAUGGAAACAAACCAUUCAGAGCCCUGAAACCCACAGCCAGUCAGCUGUCAGUCCUUCAGUCUCACCUCUCACCUCUUCUAACUCCACUCACUCCUCACUCUCACCUUGCACCUCAACCAGCAAUCUGAUUAGAACUGCAGAUUGGGUUGACAGCUUUCAGAUUCCAUGGGGAACAUUUCCUGAAGACUUGAUGCAGUGCUUGGAGAGAGGGAAAAGGCCAAGCCCACGUUUACGGCGUGAAAUGAUCCGGAUUGUUGUCUCUGCAAUGAUGAACACUUGUGCAUCUCCAAGUAAACUAGAGUCUACAGAAGUUGCCAAAAAAAUUGUUGCCAAGUAUCCACAGUCCCUAAAAGAUGUCAUAGAAGGUGAGGUAGUGGGAGCAGGAUAUCACUCACUAGUCAAACAGCUACAAGCCCGUAUUGACAACGUGAAGCGGCCUUCAGCAUCAAGGAUUAAGAGGCGUAAACCGGAAACGGGUGACUCAGACACAGAUGAAAUCCCAGCUGAGCAAAGGGCAGUUGUUCAGGACACAUAUGGCUGCAUAAAGUGGAAUUUGAAGUUCAUUCCAGUCAGUGAGACAUUGGAAAGCCAACAGGAGAAGAAGGAUAAAAUGAAGAUGCUUCGUGAACAGCAUACUUUCAGUCCAGAAGAGGUAAAAGCCCUUAUGAAGUGCACUUACUACUCCCAACGUCAAGCAAUAAACACAGGAACAGAUCUCCAACACCUAAUAGAAGAAUGGCCUUUUUUAUUUGAAGAAAUUGGGAUGACCGUCCAUUUCCUAGAGCUCACAGGACUACCACUUAAGGAUACUUUUCUCAAUAGUGUAGAAAAAAAGGGAAAACGGCUUUUGAACUUUAUGACAACUGUCUGUGCAGACAAGACCAAACGGGUCUUGGAGACUGCAAUAAAGCUGAAAUUUCUGAGAGGGCCGUUGGAGGGCAGCUCAGGUGACAUCAAGGAUAUGGUGCUGCUUAUUCUCUCCUACUUCAAUGAAAAAGAGGAGCACCUCUUCCACUACGUAGAGGAGACAUGCCUGGCAAAUGAAGUCCAAGUGGAAGGCUUGCCUGUGACCCCUUGCAUCAUUGUAUGUGGAACCUGCUGCUAUGGUGCAAGGCAGUUCAUGCUCAGCAUAGACGGCAAGAUUGUGAACGACCAAAUUUCCAACUUCACCACUGCAAUCUGCUUGAUGUUUGGUAGCUACUACUGCCUGAACAUCCACUAUCCAGUAGAUCUGGGUUCCACGCUUGAGUUCCUUCAGAGGUGUUUCUUCAACAUCAACCCUGAGAGGGGCACAAAAGUUGAAACAAAGAAGAACAAGAAGCAGCUGACAGUAAACCCGAGAGUCCUCACCCUCAUCGCUGAUCUCGCUGAUCAUGAAUGGAGACAGACAAAUUAAACUGUGAUGUACAUUUUGAUUGCCUACCUUUAUUAUUUUGAAAAUGGAAAAUUCUAGUUGCAAAUUUAGAUUUUAAUGUAAGUUUUACAUUAGUGAAGUGUUACGGGUUUAAAGUAAAUUGGCAUACUGUACAUUUAAGAUGUGUUUGUGAUCGUGAUUUUUCAUAAUACAGUUUCAAGUGUAAGUGCGGAGUAAUUUUAACCCAGGGUCUUUUUUCAACAUGACAAAAGGUCGACCAGCCCUUCAAGAGACAUAUUUCGUUGAUCAGAGUUUGACUGUCUUCGGUGCUAACAGCUCAAACAGCGCUAACAUUGCGCCAAACUAAUCAAAAUCGCAUCAUAAAACUGAUCAAUGAAAUCUGUCUCUCAAAGGGCUAGGUUGAAAUUACUCUGGACUUAUACUUUAAGUUCGUUAUUUUUGUAAUUGUACAACACAAACAGUUUGUUAAGUGUGUACCACCAGUUUGUGUUUAUUGGAUGGAACGACUGUAAAUCCUCAAAUAAUAACUAUGCAAAUGUUAGAUUAGUGUUCUCAAAGGGCUGGUCGACCUGUUUUAUGCCGAAAAAGACCCUGGGUUGAAAUUACUCCAGACUUGCACUUUAAGUUUGUUAUUUUUGUAAAUUGACAAACACAAACAGUUUGUUUAGUGUUUGCCACCAGUUUGUGUUUAUUGGAUAGAUCUACUGUGCAAAUGUUAUAUUAGUGUUCUGAAGUCAGUCUUUUCAAUUACUAUGCUGGAAUUAGAUUUUCUGAACAUUCUCCAGACUGUAACCAACAACUUUAAGAAAACUGCAAUAAAAUACUGUGAUAUAUGA